AUGUGUCCGAGUGGGAGAGGCAACCGACUGACUCGACAUAUCCUCGCCCCUGUGUUGGAAGGGAACUAUUCUACUGUGGGGUAUUACGAUAAACGUCGCGUGGAGAAUAAUUUGAGACGACUCGUGGAGCACGUCGAGGAGUGGUGGAGCGCAAGAGAGGAAAAUGAAGUCGACUUCGGCACCUUAUAUGACAAGUUUAUUUGGGUUGGACUUGUGGCCAGCGGGGUUAGCACUGAGUGA